AUGGAGUAUGAUGGUUAUGUGAAUGGUGGGAACUUAUCUGAUGACUCGGACGACGACGAGCUCAUGUUGGCCUUCGCUGCCUUUAUUCUUGCUGGAUUGGCCUUAUUCGACCCGUACAUCAACUCGGGCCAGCGCCGAAGAAUUCGAGAUAGUGCACAGUCAGGUCCUCAAUAUGUUAUAGAGCUGAUCAACGGCCAUCGAGACAGAAUAUUCGACAACCUUCGAAUGGAAGCUCCCCUUUUCCUCCAAUUGUGUGACUUGUUGGUUCAGAGGGGCUAUUGGGUGGCCCACCCGACACAACGGGUGGGGAUUCAUGAGUCCGUUGCUAUAUGCCUGCUGUGUUUGAGCCAUAAUGAGCGACAUAGGGUGCUUGCCGACAGAUUCCAACAUUCUCCCGAGACAACGGACCGCCAUCUACGCCGCUGCCUUAGAUCUCUCGUUCGAUUGGGACGUGACCUGGUCCGACCGGUAGAUUAUCACACAACCCAUCCAAGAAUACAGAACAGUGCUUUGUUUUGGCCCUGGUUUAAGGAUUGCGUUGGAGCGAUUGACGGAACACACGUUUCGGCCUGGUGUACAGCCGAAGACAGGGAACGGUACCGGAACCGGCAUGGUAGCUUAUCACAAAACGUUCUAGCCGUGUGUGAUCACAACAUGAGAUUUACUUAUGUCAGGGUAGGGUGGGAGGGUAGCGCACAUGAUUCUAGAAUCUUACAAGAAGUCAUACAAGAUCCUAAUUGUGCAUUUCCGUGGCCACCAGCAGGGAAGUAUUACGCGGUGGACGCGGCUUACCAGAAUAUGGCAGGAUUUAUGGCUCCAUUUAAAGGUGCACGCGGAACUGCGCAAGAGCGGGCAGUGAGGACACUCUUCAACAAACGGCAUGCAUCGUUAAGAAACAUUAUAGAACGUACGUUUGGCGUCUUGAAGAAACGAUUUCCAAUACUUAAGGGCCCUAUGCAGAAUUACAUGAUGGCUACUCAAAUUAAUAUUGUACUGGCUUGUAUGGCCUUGCACAACUUCAUGCGAGAGUAUGUUCCAAAUGAUGCAUAUUUUGCUGAAGAAGAAGCAGAUAUAGCAUUGGAAGAUAACAUAAACCCCUUCAACCCAAUGCCCGCAGCACAAGCUCCAGAUAUGUCGGCUGCAGGAAUUGCUGAAUGGAAUGAAAGUAGGAGAGCAAUAGCCGAUAUGAUGUACUAUUAUCAGCACCAGUAG